AACACAAUGUCUUUUAGCAAUUUGUUAAUGAAAAGCGGCCUAAACCAUGGCCUGCGUGGAACACCGGCCAAGGUUGGGCUCAUGAGCACUCGACAGGGUCACAGGCUGCGUGGCAAGCCGCCCGGUGUGGCUCGUACGCUGGAACAACGUUUGCAGGAGGAGACCGUGACGGAUGCCGAGGUGGUGGCCCGCAUCAACAUUGGCUUUCCACAGCUCAAAGAAUCGCGUUCUGCGCAACUGAAGACGCGCCUGGAGCAUCUGAAGACGCAGCGAUCCAACAAACAAUUGGAGCAGCUGGCACGCAGCCACAAGCUAAUCAUCGAUCUGGAUAAAGUACAGCAGACAUAUGUGCAGACGACGGGCCAGCACGACUUGCGCCUGAUCGCGGAUCACUAUGGCAUCUUUGAGCAUCUGUAUGGCAGCGCGUACUUUGUGCCCCGGGUGCCACUCAGCAUACUCUACGAGCUGGGCGACACCCUCACUCCGGUAUAUAAUGGCAAUGUGAUUAAACCUGCGGAGGCAGCGAAGGCACCAGCCGUGAGCUUCGAUGGUUUUAUGGAUCCCAUUACCGGCAAGUCGGGGGCCGGGCAGGACAGCUACUGGACGCUGUUGGCCACCAAUCCAGAUGCCCACUACACCAAUCCGUCAGCCGAGUGUCUGCAUUGGUUCAUUGGCAAUAUACCCAACGGCAGGGUUGGCGAGGGACAGGUCCUGGCUGAAUAUCUGGCACCGUUUCCGCCCAAGGGCGUGGGUUAUCAGCGCAUGGUAUUUGUGCUGUACAAGCAGCAGGGUGUCAUGGAUCUGGGCACUUACCAGUUGGCAGCCUCGGACUACAGCAAUUUGGAGAAGCGCACAUUCAGCACGCUGGAGUUUUAUCGCCAGCAUCAGGAGCAGUUGACACCGGCAGGCCUGGCCUUCUAUCAAACCAACUGGGAUGAAUCGCUGACGGAGUUAUAUCACAAUAUUUUGAAUAUUAAGGAGCCUGUCUAUGAGUAUGAUUUCCCGAAGCCAUAUCUGUCGGAUCAGAAAUUCUUUCCACUGAAACAGCCCUUCAAUCUGUACAUGGACAAGCAUCGGGACGAGAAGCAGCUGAACAAGGAGUACCUGCAGCGAAAACUGGCCAAGACGCAUCCCUUCGAUGGCCCAGCCAAGCAGCUGCGCUUCCCCAAUGCCCAUCCCAUACGGGACGUGCCCUCCUGGCUAAAGACGGAGAUACGCAAGCAGCGAUUGGGCACUGGCCGCGUGCAGGAUUACUAGAAAUUCCUCUGUUUAAGUGUUUUAUAUGUUAACAAGUUCGGUUUGUUUUAUUCACUGGAAGUACACGAGUCGAGAUAAAGUUCA